AUAAAGGAGAGUAUGAUGUUGGGGUCUGCCUUCUUUUAAAGGUAGAGUAGCAGGGAAAAGGAAAGAGUAAAAAGAAAGAGGGGAAAAUUAGAAGAAGAAGAAGAAGAAGAAGAAGAAGAAGAAGAAGAGAUCGUCUUUUUUAAAAAAAAAAAUCAGUUCUAAAUAUCACCUUGUAAUUUCGAGUAGUUAUAAUAUCAGAUAAUGGAAGAACAUCUCAGUCCAUUGGCAGUUACUCAUCUUCUUCAACACACUCUGCGUAGUUUAUGCAUUCAUGAAAACUCUCAAUGGGUUUAUGCUGUUUUUUGGAGAAUCUUGCCUAGAAAUUACCCACCUCCCAAAUGGGAUGGUCAAGGAGCCUAUGACAGGUCAAGAGGAAACAGAAGAAAUUGGAUAUUGGUUUGGGAAGAUGGUUUCUGCAACUUCUCUGCAUCAGCAACUGAAAUAAAUUCCAAUGACUGUCCAAGUUCAUCUGUUUAUGGCAACUGUGAAUUUCAACCCUAUCAAGGCCUUCAACCAGAGCUUUUUUUCAAAAUGUCCCAUGAAAUUUACAAUUAUGGAGAAGGAUUGAUUGGUAAAGUAGCUGCUGAUCAUAGUCAUAAGUGGAUAUACAAAGAACCUAAUGAUCAAGAAAUCAACUUCUUGUCUUCAUGGCAUAACUCAGCUGACUCUCAUCCUAGGACAUGGGAAGCCCAGUUCCAGUCAGGUAUAAAGACAAUAGCUCUGAUUGCAGUUAGAGAAGGUGUUGUUCAACUAGGAGCAGUCCACAAGGUAAUUGAAGACCUGAGCUAUGUAGUUCUACUAAGAAAGAAAUUUAGCUACAUAGAAAGCAUACCAGGAGUGCUAUUGCCACAUCCAUCAUCAUCUGCAUUUCCUUUCAAUGGAUCAACACCAGAGACUUGGCACUAUCAAACUGCAACUAUUGGCGCUCCCACAGAAUUUUAUGACCAUUUCAAUAAUCAAUUCCCAUUCAAAAUAACUCCUUCUAUGAGCAGCCUUGAAGCCCUACUCUCUAAGCUGCCAUCAGUAGUGCCACCACCACAAGCACAAACCUACUGUACUGAGUCACAGUCACAGUAUCUGGCCGUACAAAGACCGGCUAUGGAGUUAAUGGGGAUGGAAAAGGUGGCGAAAGAAGAGCUUGAAGAAGAUUAUAGAGGUGAACAUGAAAUGGGUGAGAGUAGUUCUUCUAUUUCAGCUUAUCGUAGACAGCAAUUUCACCAUCACGAUUUGAAUGUUACUAGCAGCGGACCCAAUCAUGGGUUUAUUGAGUGAAAAGGUAUUAUUAUUAUUAUUAUUAUUAUUAAUUGGUAGCUAUAUAUUAGGCUUAUUAAUGAGUAUUAUAUAUAUAAAUAUGUACGUAGGGUUAUCAGGAUUGAUUUUUCAUUAAGGUCUAACGUUGUAAGCUGCUUUUUUUUUUUUUUCUCAGUUUCAGUGUCAUUUUAUCAA